AUGAUAUAGUUUUGGCAGGUGAUGACAUCCAGAAAAUCCAAAUUGUGAAGGCUCUAUUGAAUGUAAAGUUCAAGAUUAAAGACCUAGGCCAACUCAAGUAUUUUCUGGGCUUAAAAUUUGCAAGAUCUGAACAGGGCAUUAAUUUGUCACAAAGGAAGUAUGCUAUAGAGUUACUUGAAGAUGUAGGAUUGUUGGGAUGUGAACCUGUUUCUACUCCCAUACAGCUAGGCAUAAAAUUUCCAAGACAGAAGGGAAUCCCUAUUCAUAUGUGCAUGCCUAUAGAAGACUUUUUGAUCACUAUGCAGCAGCAAUAUCUGAGAUAUAUCAAGAACAAUCCAAGACAAGGAUUAUUCUUUCCCUCCAACCCAAAACAUGCUCUCAAGGAUUUUAGUGAUUCUGAUUGGGCUGCUUGCCUUGACACUAGAAGGUUUGUGAUUGGUUGUAAUGUGUUCUAUGGUGCCUCAUUAAUUAGUUGGAAAUCUAAGAAGCAAGGUACUAUAUCUAGAUCAUUAACCAAAGCAUAA